CUUGCGCAAUUCUAGUUUUCGUCCACUCUGCAACCUAACCAUAGCUAGUCAACAUGGCGAAAAAGAAAGUUGAGGAUAAAAAUAACCAAAACAGUGAUAGUACAAAAUAUGACGGUGAUACUUCAUCUACGGAUGAUGAGCCAAACUUUAGUGAUCCUGAGGGAUAUGUGGACGAUAUCACCGAUGAAGAGUUACUAGGAGAUAUCUUAAAGGAUAAACCAAAAGAAACUGAUGGAGUAGAAAGUGUGGUUGUUGUAGAUGGGUGUCCUCAGAUAGGACCUGAACGUCUUGAGAAGUUGCAGAGUGUUGUUAACAAAAUAUUUGGCAAAUUUGGCGAUAUUGUUAACAGCUACUAUCCUGUAAAUGAAAAAAAUCAGACAAAGGGUUACAUAUUUUUGGAAUAUGCCAAUCCACAAGAUGCAAGUGAAGCCGCAAAAAUGAUAAACAAUUAUAAAUUGGAUAAACAGCAUACAUUUUUGGUUAAUUUGUUCAGUGAUUUCGAGAAAUAUGAAAGUAUUCCUGAAGAGUGGGAACCACCUCAGCCUCAACCAUAUAAAGGUCAAGCAGAUCUCACUUAUUAUUUACUAGAGCCUGACGCUUAUGAUCAAUAUUGUGUUGUAAAAGCACAGGAACAGUCUGUUCAAAUUUGGCAGAAUACACAGCCAGAACCUACUUUGGUAGAAGAUAGACAGCUCUGGACGCACACUUAUGUGAAAUGGUCCCCAUUGGGUACUUUCCUUUCUACUUUCCACAAGCAAGGUGUGGCACUUUGGGGUGGUCCCAACUUCAGCCAGUAUAAAAGAUUCUCACAAGUAGGUGUACAAUUCAUUGAUUUUUCACCCUGCGAAAAGUAUUUGGUUACAUAUUCACCUCAAGGGGAUAUUCAUAACCCAGAACAAAAGAAAAUUAUCAUGUGGGACAUAAGAACUGGCCAAGAAAAACGUUCUUUUAAUCCCGAAGGGCCGUCUUCAUGGCCUAUGUAUCGUUGGUCCCAUGAUGAUAAAUAUUUUGCCAAAAUGGGUAACGAUAUGUUAUCUAUUUACGAGACACCGUCGUUCGGUCUUUUGGACAAGAGAUCGGUAAAAAUACCCGGUAUACGCGAUUUUAAUUGGUCGCCAACUGAUAAUGUCAUAGCUUACUGGGUCGCCGAAAAUAAAGAUGUACCCGCAAAAGUUAUAGUCCUCGAGAUACCAAACCGAACCGAAAUUCGUGCCAAAAACCUCUUCAACGUAGCCGAUUGUAAGAUACACUGGCAGAAAUCUGGCGAUUACCUCUGUGUCAAGGUCGAUCGAUAUUCGAAAGUUCGCAAGGAAAAGAACGAAACAAAAUAUUCAGGUCUUUACUACAACUUCGAAAUUUUCCAUAUGCGCGAAAAGCAGAUCCCGGUCGAUAGUGUGGAGAGUAAGGAGCCGAUUCAGGCGUUCGCAUGGGAACCGGUCGGUAACAAGUUCGCGAUAAUUCAUGGUGAGUCGCCGAAUAUCAGCGUGAGCUUUUAUGAAGUGAGACAGGGUCAAACGCCUGCUCUCCUCAAGAAGCUCGAGAAAAGGGCAUGCAACCAUCUGUUCUGGUCGCCAAAUGGACAGUUCAUCGUGCUCGCCGGUCUUGGUUCGAGUAGCGGAGGUUCGCUUGAGUUCGUGGAUACUCACGAUUUCAUCGUCAUGAACACGACCGAUCAUUACCAGGCGUCUGACGUCGAAUGGGAUCCUACAGGACGGUACGUCGUCACCGGAGUCUCCGUUUGGAAGACCAAAGUAGAUACAGGAUAUUGGAUAUGGUCGUUCCAAGGUAAGAUAUUGAAAAGAGUGAAUUUGGAGAAUUUCGCCCAAUUGUUGUGGAGACCUCGCCCGCCCACGUUGCUCAGCGAAAAACAACAGAAAGAGAUAAAGAAGAACCUGAAGAAGUACUACUCGCAGUUUGAGAACAAAGAUCGUAUGCGACAAACCAAGGCGUCCAAGGAGCUUAUCGAAAAGAGGGCAGCACUUAUGGAAAAGUUUAACUCUUACAGGCAAAAGAGGAUCGAGGAGUGGGAGACUCAGAAACCACGGCGUUUAGAGCUUAGAAAUGGUAUCGACACCGAUGAAUUAGAAAACGACAGUCAGAACUUAGAAGAAGAAGUUGUUGAAUUUUUCAUUAAGGAAGAAGUAACUGUCAUCGACUGAGCUUCAUUCAUUCAAAGUGUAUUUUCCUUGUGCGUUUCUUGUGUAAAGGUUGCAGUACACAAGAGACGUUUCGUUAAUUUUCGCGUCUUUAUCAGGGCGAUAUUGUGAAA